AGAAAGAACAAAUUUGAAAAGGCGGAUCUAUUGGGACCGAGAAUUCACACAAAUUCGUGUUCUUCGUUGAUUUGUAAUUCUGCAUCAUCCAUAAGCAAAUUCAUUCAUAAUUCCAACGGAUCAACGGCAGCACAAGACAAAAUUUUAUUUAGGAAAAUUGGCUCGCCUUCAAAUCCCCUGAUCGUCCUUUUAUAGCUUCAUUGAUUACAAGCUUGACGUAAUCGAGACCGACAGAGGAGAGAAUAUUGUAUCGAGCGAGAAUGAUGGAUCCGGAGCUGAUGAGACUGGCCCAGGAACAGAUGAGUCGCAUGUCCCCUGCGGACUUUGCCAAAAUCCAACAACAGGUGAUGGCCAAUCCAGACUUAAUCAAGAUGGCCUCAGAAAGCAUGAAGGGCAUACGUCCUGAUGACUUGAAAUAUGCUGCAGAGCAGUUGAAGCACACCAGUCCAGAGGAUAUGGCUAAACUUAGCGAAAAGAUGGCUAAUGCAUCACCUGAAGAGCUUGCGACGAUGCAUACUCGUGCUGAUGCACUGGCCAACUAUGAAUUGAAUGCAGCUGAAAUGCUGAAGACACAGGGGAACAAGCUUCACAGUCAGGGAAGAUUCAGUGAUGCCUUGGAAAAAUACUUACUUGCUAAGAAAAACCUCAAGGGGAUUUCAUCUUCCAAAGGAAAAACACUUCUGUUGGCUUGCUCACUCAAUUUGAUGUCAUGUUACUUGAAAACAAAACAGUACCAAGACUGCAUAAGGGAGGGUUGUGAGGUUUUGGCCUAUGAUUCAAGGAAUGUGAAAGCACUUUACCGGAGAGGUCAAGCAUAUAAAGAAUUAUGUCAAUUUCAUGAUGCUGUUUCUGAUUUGAGCAAGGCACGUGAAAUUUCUCCUGAUGAUGAAACUAUUGCUGAUGUUUUAUCGGAUGCCAAGGAAAGAUUAAAAGAACACGAUGUGGGGAAUUUAUGCAAAGGAAUUGUCAUCGAAGAAAUUGUCGAAGAAGACGACCUUACAUCUAAGAACAUAUCUGCACCAAGACCACAAGGAGUUGUUGACAAUUCUAAGGCUGCUGAUGUCUACCAGAAUAUUGUAAAUGCAGAGAGUUUGCAGGAAUUAAAAGAUGACCCAGAAGCUAUCAGAUCAUUUCAGAGAUUUGUUUCAAAUGCUGAUCCCAAUACUCUAGCUGCAAUGAGCUUUGGGAAACCUGGAGAGGUAUCUCCAGACAUGAUUGCCACUGCCUCAAAUAUGAUCAGCAAGAUGUCUCCAGAUGAACUUCAAGAGGUUCUUAAAUUGGCUUCUUCUUUCCAAGAGGCAAAUCCCCUCAAGGGAAACGGUUUUGGUCCAAAUUUGGAUAAUCCAAACAUGACUCCUGAAUUAGUCAAUACAGCUAGUCGUAUAAUGAGUAGUAUGCCACCUGAUGACGUACAAAAGAUGUUUGAAAUUGCAUCAUCUUUGAAAAGGAGUGACAACAUACCAGAUUCUGAUACUCGAUCAAAUUAUUUUGAGAGUCACCAAUCCAAUAUCAGCGGAAGUAGUAAUAUGAACAACACUAGUUCUUAUGGAGCGGUUUCAAAUUGUUCUUCCAACUCAACUAUUCCAACCUCUUCUGAUAUGCAAGAACAAAUGCGAAAUCAAAUGAAAAAUCCGGCCAUGCAGCAGAUGUUCACAUCAAUGAUAAAGAAUAUGAGUCCAGAAAUGAUGGCAAACAUGAGCGAACAAUUUGGUGUGAAGCUUUCUCCGGAGGAUGCAGCAAAAGCUCAGGAAGCAAUAUCAUCUCUCUCACCACAGGAUUUGGAUAAAAUGAUGCGGUGGGCAGACAAGAUUCAGAAAGGCGUAGAAGGUGGAAAGAAGGCAAAGAAUUGGCUACUGGGACGUCCUGGUAUGAUCUUAGCAAUAUGCAUGCUGAUAUUGGCAGUGAUUCUUCAUAGGUUUGGAAUAGUAGGUGGCUGAGAUUUACAUUUUGUACCAACUACCGACUCCCUCAACUCUACUAAA